CUAACACUUUUGGUUGUCAAUUAUAGUGAAAGGUCAUCAAAGUCCAGGCCUUUUCCAUGUCCCCGCAUCAAUCAAGGAGGUCCCUCUCUCCCUCUCAUUUCAUUCCCCUGUUUUAAUGGAACCCAAUGUAGUAGUCUCAACUCUUGAAUACAACAAAGCGGUGCCCACCAUCUCGAUUCGUCCCCCGCAACCAAACAUGGCCGAAAAUAAAAAAUCAGACCUUCAGGCCUUGACUACAAAAAGAGAUGAUGGCAAAAAACAGUUAGUCCCCAAGAGAAGUUCCACAAAAGACAGGCACAAGAAAGUCGAUGGCAGAGGCCGAAGAAUUCGGAUGCCAGCUCUUUGUGCAGCCAGGAUUUUUCAGUUAACUAGAGAAUUGGGACACAAGUCUGAUGGAGAGACAAUUCAGUGGCUGUUGCAGCAGGCUGAACCGUCUAUUAUCGCGGCUACUGGCACCGGGACUAUUCCAGCUUCGGCUCUUGCAGCUGCAGGAUCCUCUGUUUCGGAACAGGGGAACUCUGUUUCGGCUACUCUGCAUUCAAGAUUAGAUGAGCUGGGGCAAAGCAGGGCUGGUUGGAAUGGAGUGAAUGGUAAUUUUGGUAGAUCCAGUGUUUUCUGGCCUUCGUUGGCUGGUUUCGGAUCAGGGUACGUGCCCAAUUCCGGUGUACAAGUAAAUGAUCAGAACUUGAGCCUAAUAUCAAAAUUUGGAAUGCAUGGAUUCGAAUUUGCAAACUCAAGCUUGAAUUCCUCGAGUUUUGCCACAUUUUUCAGUGGAAAUGGACAACAGCUUCCGGGAUUGGAGCUUGGACUUUCGCAGGAUGGUCAUAAUGGGGUCCUCAGUUCCCAAACCAUCAGCCAGUUCUAUCAGCAGGUGGGACAGGACACCAGCAGCCCUCUGAAUCUACCGCAGCAACAGAGGCAUUCGGAUAAAGAUGAGUCUCAAGAAUAAAGACCAUAGAGUUUUCUGGAGGAGCUUUUCUAGUAAGUAUUCGUUUUCUUACAUGUAUGAUCAGAUCAGAAGCUACAUAAUUUUUACAGUGACAAGCUCGAGUAAAGUUGCCUGGAUUCUGCAUGAAAGCUUGCACUUGCUUUUGCUUCAGGAAUCAUCCAAGUUUUCGUAACAUAUAUAGUUUGGACCUCGUACAGCUGAGUGGCUUGAUCCAUAUUUGCGAUUUUCUGACUUCUGUCAAGAUCUGACACGAACCGACAUAAGUCCUUGGUCAGGGACAUAUAAAUGUAACAUGUUUGUAUGAGUGCUUUCUCGAUCAUUCAUUAAAUAAUGAGCGGUGUCAAGUGUGGUGUGUGUUUGUACUUGAGAGCUUUAUAAUCAUGCUUUAAUCGCAUGUAUUCGGUAUGCCUAUAGUAAGCUAAAGUACUUGGUAA